CUCCCCGCCGCCUCUCUGUCACCGCGAGGAGUUAAUCCCUCCCUGGAAAAGGUGAGCUCGUCUUUGGCUCUCACAGGUCUGUCACCCUGCCAACAGAAAAACUUGGACGGCAUGGAGGAGCUUCUUUUACCAAGCUGCGAGGAGGAGGCGCGCUCCGAACACAGCUCGUUCGCUCCGGGAGACACAGGGAGGACGAUGGGGGACCGGCUGAAGACUUUUGUCCAGGGGGACCUGGGGAGGACCGUGAGGGAUUUCUGUAAGAGGAAUGGGCUGCUGACGCUGUCGGUCAUCGCCGUGCUCACAGGCUGCACGCUGGGCUUCAUGCUGAGGGGGACCCAGCUGUCCGUACAGGCGAAAAUCUAUUUCUCUUUUCCCGGAGAGCUGCUGAUGAGGAUGCUGAAGAUGCUCAUCCUUCCUCUCAUCACAUCCAGUUUGAUGUCGGGUCUGUCGUCGAUGGAGUCGAAGGCGUGCUGUCGGAUGGGCGUCCUCACUGUCACCUACUACCUGUGGACCACCUUCAUCGCCGUGGUGGUCGGCAUCGCGCUCGUCAUCAUCAUCAAACCUGGCGUGGGGACGGAGAUGGAGAGCAACCGGCUGGGAGGGGGGCCCGUCAUGACCUCGGCCGACGCCCUGCUCGACCUCAUCAGGAACAUGGUUCCCUCCAAUUUGAUCGAGGCCACGUUCCAGCAGUACAAAACGGACCUGAUUCCCAUCCUCAAAGUCCCGACCAGAACCAUCCAGCCCAACUUCGUCUACGUUUUCCCCGACGACAGCCACCCCAAAGGCCGCACGGUGUACCUGGAGCUGACUCCGCCCCCGGAGGUCACCUACAAGACGAGCCCCGGCACCAGCCAGCAGAUGAACGUCCUCGGCAUCGUCAUCUUCUCCGCCACCAUGGGUCUGUUGCUGGGCAGGAUGGGAGAGCGAGGAGCUCCACUCAUCAACGUCUGUCAGUGUAUCAACGAGUGCGUCAUGAAGAUCAUCAACGCUGCUGUCUGGUAUUUUCCGUUCGGGAUCAUCUUCCUGGUGGCGGGGAAGAUCCUGGACAUGCAGGACCCGAGCACGCUGGGGAAGAAGCUUGGCUGGUACGGCAUAACCGUGCUUUCCGGCCUCUUCGUCCACGGACUCAUCCUCCUCCCUCUCUUCUACUUCCUCCUCACCCGGAAGAACCCGUUCUCCUUCAUCCGCGGGCUGCUGCAGGCCAUGGUGAUCGCCCUCGCCACUUCCUCCAGCUCUGCCACGCUGCCCAUCACCAUGAAGUGUUUGUUGGAAAACUGCAAUGUCGACCGGCAGAUCGCCCGCUUCGUCCUACCCGUGGGCGCCACCAUCAACAUGGACGGCACGGCGCUGUACGAGGCCGUGGCGGCCAUCUUCAUCGCUCAGGUCAACGACUAUGAGCUGGACUUCGGCCAGUUGGUCACCAUCAGCAUCACAGCUACAGCAGCCAGCAUCGGAGCAGCGGGGAUCCCGCAGGCCGGCCUGGUUACCAUGGUGAUUGUACUGACAUCAGUGGGUCUGCCGCCAGAUGACAUCACACUCAUUGUGGCCAUUGACUGGAUCCUCGACCGCUUUCGGACGAUGAUCAACGUUCUGGGCGACGCUCUGGCGGCAGGAAUCAUCGCCCACCUCUGUCGGAAAGAUUUCCCUCUCAGUGGAACAGGAAAGCCGGUUCCGUCCUACGGGACCGGGACUCCUCACGCUCACAGCAACUCGCACAGCGUUGAUGUGCCAAUGACGGAGAUCCACACGCACAAAGACUGCAUGUUCGACACCACGGGCAACUCUGCGGGCGAGAGGCACGCACACACCGUCUACUACAACAUCUGUCAGGUGUGACCCGACCGAGCCGCUCGCCAUCAAACACCACCGAGUCCGAGAGAGUUCCCGCGGCGCCGUCCGAGCAGGAAGACACGGACUUUGUGGUAACAGAGUGUCAAUCUUCUUCUUCUGAGCUGCAGCUUUGACUUCGAUUUAAAAACUGUGGUUUAUUUGGCCAAUUUUUUUUCUCCUGCUCACUGAGGACAGAGACAAAGACAUCUCCAGGGACAAAAGGACUGGGACACCAUUUUUAUGGAAACUCGCCAUCAGUGCUAACACGUGACUUUGAAAAGAGGGACGGCUGAUAAAUAUGGAGCACAGAAUUCCGGCAGCUUCUCCGGUUUCUGUCGGAGAAAAGGAUGAACAUGGAACCUGAUCUGCACCAGAGGAUUAUGGGUACAUGACACCCUCCUGGGAGCACCUGCAGGUUCAUCACCUGGUCUGAUAGCGCCACCUACAGGCUGUGCACAUCGUGCGUACCACAGCAGUUCUAAGGGCUGGAUAUCAAACUGCAACACUCAUUGACUGAAAGUCAAAGCGAAAGCUGAGAGUCACCAUUUUUUGUUUUUUUUUCUUGUUUUUAUUGAAGAAGAGUGGAGGACGGAGCGCAACGUUCGACUCUGACCUCCUCACCUCGGCUCAGGAGCUCUGGGGAUCGACCUACACAAUGAGAUUGCAGAUACAAGCAGCCAAAGUCCCUUAAAGACCUGGAUCGUCUUUUAUUUCGCACAAAGUGCUCAAAAUCUCAAUAGCACAUUAUUUUGCAAUAUUAUCCUCAGAGCGACGUCCUCUUUCAAAUGAGCAGAAACCAGGAACCAAAAGGGCCGAGUCCCUUUUCUGUCAGUCCCCUUUUGGUAAACUAUAAGAGGACUAGAUGUGAAAACACCCUAAAGGGGCGAUCACAGCGAGAUGCAUCACGCCAGGCGUGCCUGCUCCAAAACGCCUUGGAGGCGCAUUAAUAAAACCAGCUAGGAGCGCCUUGAGUGGGGCUGCGUGCGCAUACAUGUGCAUAAUGCGUGUCCAUAAUGCGCGUGCUUAAUGCAUGUGCAUAAUGCGUGUGCAUACGUGUGUAUACUGCAUGCGCAUACUGGUUUUGCUGGCGACGGUUCAGCAACGCGUCUCGGUGUGAUCGGUCCUUAAGAUCAGGCCAAAGUCCUGUUGUUGCAGCCGGCCCAGCUGAGGAGCUCAGAGGAGAGCAGCUGCUCAUUGAGGUGGUUCAAGUCAAGUCAGUUUUAUUUAUAGAGCCCAUUAUCACAAAACGUGGUUCGCCUCAGAGGGCCUUAAGGCGUAUGACAUCCCUCUGCCCUCAGACCCUCACAUCACCUGAGGAAAAACUCCCGAAAAAGAACCCCU